ACUUGCCAAACCGCACAUUCGGUGGCACAAAUUCUCUUAUGACAUCAGACAAGUCUCAUCAUGGUGUAGUGGUGCAGUGCGACUUGUCGACGAAUAGCUCCUCAUGCGUUCCUCGAGCCCGCAGCGCGCGACUCGCUCGGUCUGACUUCGCCAUCAGAUUUGCUUUCUCUACCAUUCGCAUCGAUCUUGUUUCCUCGCUGUAAUGGCUCGCCGUCGCCAUGAUAGCCACGCGUCUCCCAAGACAUCGUUCAAGGACAUGUCCUUCUCGUUCGCCUGCGGAGGCUACCUUAAGAUGUACCUCUUCGGCGUUGCCAAAGCGCUGCAGGAAUUUGAGCUGGAGAAGAACGCACGCCUCAUCGGCUGCUCAGCCGGCGCUUUGACGGCGACAGGGUUGGCACUACACUGCGACUUCGACGCCAUCCGUGACUACGUGCUAAACAACGUCAUCCCUGGUGCACACGAGUUCCCUGGCGGGUAUUUCCGUGCACGGACAUUUUUGUUGGACACGCUAAAGGCUGAGGGUAAACUGCACGAGUACGAGAAGCUCAAUGCAUCGCAGCAGCUCACGGUGGUGUACACGUCGCUAUCGGCGCUGACGUCGCGUCGGCUGACGACGUUCGACUCGCAGCAGCACCUGACUGACAGUCUCAUGGCUUCAUGCUGUGCUACACCAAUUGCUGGAAUGCCCUUCAAACUCGGCGGUGAGUGGGUCAUGGACGGCGGGAUCUUCGACUUCCAGCCAAUCUAUGACGAGAAAACGGUGACUGUGAGCCCAUUCUACUGCACUGGAGCAGAUAUUAAACCGUCGGUCUACGUGCCGAUGUGGUGGGCUAUGCUGCCGCCCCGCGUGCGCGACGUAGAGUGGUUGUUUGAUUUGGGGUAUGAAGACGGACUCAAUUGGAUCGUGAAGAACGGACUCACUGGCAAGCGUAAAAAUGUGGUCAUCCCAAACAAAAGUGCCGAGUAUGCCAGUGAAUGGAGCACGACGGUGGGGCGUGUGGUUGGAUACCGCGGCUUUGAGAGUCGAGUACUGGAUGCCCUCUUCGUGGGGCUCUUUGUAUGCCUCUGGCGUCCUCUUGCUUUCCUCUGUCUGUACUUGGAACUGUACUUGCAGGCUAUCGUUUCGGGCAGCAAGGCUGUGGUCUUUGGAGCCGCGGCCAAGCUGUUCAUCUCGAACAUUAUUAUGGCCUUGUUGGCGAUGGCAAUUGCUACUCAGGGUUUCCAGCACACGCUGUUUUUCAUGCUGGGUCUGACCGCGACUGGUUUCUUCUUGGGUGCCAUGGUGCUGCUGGUUGGUGGUCUGCAGCAGGCUGCGACGGUUGCCUCGAACGACUGGCAACGAUGCCGCUCUUACAUGAGAAGUAUUACAAGUCUGUCGCUCUUUCUGCACAGCAUGCCAGUGGUGGGCUCUUGCGUGCAGAUCAAGCGCCAUGAGUUCCUGCUGCAACACUCCCUAGUGUAUCGCGUCGCAAUGUACUGCAUGUAGUCACCUUGCGACUCUUAUUAUUUAGCGAAGUUCUGCGUAGUAGACUCAGUCUACAUGUAGUAACAAAAAGACUUUGCAUUGCAUCACGUGGAUUCAAGGUCUUGUCUUCGUUUCAGCGGUUUAGUUUUCAUGACAUCACGCGCGGUAACCGAGGGCGAACGCGCCACUAUCCACUCGCCUCUUGCAUGUCCGUUGCAACCGACCCGCAGCAGACACGCACGACUCGUAGGCUUUGUCGUACCCCACGAUCGGUUUUGCGACUUGCACAAGGUUGCGUGAAAGCGGUUAAGACAUCUACUUGUAGAUCUACUGCACAUGUCCGGCGUCGACAAGUUUGAGUAAACUCUCGUUCAUUAACUGCAUCACACGGCUACCACAAUACCGAAAAAUGCUAUUUCCAAGGAACAAAGCCAUAAAACGAGUCCAAAUGAUGUGAUGGGGGCUCUCAUUUGUCGCUUGUUAACGAUACUCACGAGCACACAUCCUUACAAGUACUUCAUAUCCUCACUCCGUGCCAUGUUCACAACAUAAUUUACACAAAGACGACCUGGUCUGGCGCGGCAAGUGGUUUCUACCUCAUCGGUAGGACAAAUCCCAUCAUUAGAGCGCGAACUGGUUAGCGUAG